AUGGACAACGUCGCAGCAGGCAUGCUCCCCAAGUGGAGGCCCAAGGCGGCGUUUGCCAUGCGCGUAAUCCAGGCCGCCUUCAGCGUGGUGAUGCUUGGAACCUGCGGCCACGUGGUCCGCUACUUUCCAGGGUUCGGUCCCGCCGGCCUGGGCAUCUUCACCUCCAUCCUGACCCUGGGCACCGCAGUGCUGUACCUUGUUUCGCCCCGCGUCGACCACCCAGAGCUCCACAGGGCCCUGCCAGGCCUGCUUGACAUCAUCUUCUCGGGCGUGUGGGCCAUAUUCUCGCUUGCGGUGGGCGCUGGCACUGCCUCGGCCGACCUCUGCUCCACUGGGUGGGGCGGCUACUAUGUGUAUGGUUACUGGGUCUCAAUCGCGGCCCCGGCCGGCGUCUGCGCCGCAGCGGGCCUCGCAAUCGCCUCGGGCUUCGUGCUGUUCCUAGCCUUCUCCUUCUCCGCAGUCCUGGCGGGCUUCGACCUGAGGGACGGCCACGGCCUGGUGACGUCAGCACGAGCGGCGCCACGCAAGCAAAAGUCUCCCGAGCAUUGGGGCGACAUUACGGCCGCCUCGGCGGGCAAGGCGCCGGCGACGGGCACAAGCGGUUCUGGCGUCCCCCCUUCUACGGCGGCUCAGCAAGUUUGA